GUCAACAAGGGCAGUUUCGUCAUUCCGGCUAGGACACCUCCACUACCACCCCCACACUACUCCGCUGUACAGUGCCAAAAUCCAUGGUGUUUGUCUCUCAGUGCACGGCGAGACGACGCCAGCGCAGCAGCAAGAGACAGACUUCACCGAAAUACCAGUCACUAAAACCCAAUCUUCCCUCCCUCUGCAAAUGUGAGAGAGUGAGUGUCUUCUGUUCUCUUUCUCUUCUCCUUCCUCGUUUUCUCUCUGCUCUGUGCACUUUCCGCAUACCUCCAAAUUCCCAUUUCACGAAGAGAGAGCAAAGAAGGUGAGAGAUGAAAAGAGAUUCAUUCUUUUUCUCAGCAGAACUCAACAACAAUGCUUCCUCUCUCCCCUCCUCCAUAGAUUUUGACGUUUCCCCUUCUCCCUCUCACCUCUUUCAUCUUUACCCAUCUCUGUAUUACAAUUAGAAAUAAUAAUAAAUAACAGCAGUGUUAAGAAAAAGCCGAGUUGAAAACUGUGCAAGCCGUAUUUGCAUGGAGAGAAGAUAAAAAUCGUUUGUCCCACCACCACCAAUUCCCUGAAUUUCACCCUCGUUUGUUAAAAAAAAAAUAAUGUUUUUGUGGCUCUUCCAAUUUUCAUUCGUACUCCAUUGCUUCCUGCCGGCAGGUAGCCUCUACAUCUCUUUCGCCUGAUUCCGGCGACGGAGACAUUAAUGGUAGGAAAAGGGCAGCUGAAGCCAGAGCUUGGGCAAAUCUGUUUCUGAUCUCCCGUCGUCGCGUAGAUGCAGUUCCUGCCCAUCUAACCCAGGCUGGAAGCCCUGGAAUCGGUUCAGAUCAAAAUUACCUCAUCUUCACUUCUCGUUGCCAUCAUGCGCUAGCGGGAGUUCAGGAAGCUUCUUAAAAAUACCCAACUCCCGGCCGAUUCUGUUAGACGUCAGUGGAUUAGAUUCUAUACCGGCGAGGAAGGAUGUCUGCUUGGGGUAAUUUUGGGGAGAUUGCGAAUGUGGCCCAGGUCACUGGUCUGGAUGCAGUGCGGCUAAUUGGGUUGAUAGUCAAAGCCGCCAGCACAGCCAGGAUGCACAAGAAGAACUGCAGACAGUUUGCUCAGCAUCUCAAGUUGAUUGGGGGCUUACUGGAGCAGCUUAAGAUCACUGAGCUUAAGAAAUAUCCUGAAACAAGGGAGCCGCUGGAACAGCUUGAGGAUUCACUGAGGAGAUCGUACAUUUUGGUGAAUAGCUGUCAGGACAGAAGCUAUCUCUACUUGCUUGCCAUGGGUUGGAACAUAGUCUACCAAUUCAGGAAGGCGCAGAAUGAGAUUGAUCGGUACUUGCGGUUAAUUCCUCUCAUCACACUCGUGGACAACACUCGAAUCAGGGAGAGACUUGAAGAUAUUGAGAGGGAUCAGCGCGAGUACACAUUGGAUGAAGAGGAUAGAAAGGUUCAAGAUUUGAUCUUGAAAUCUGAGUCCGUCAAAGAUCAAACUACCGUGUUGAAAAAAACUCUUUCUUGUUCGUACCCAAACAUGUGUUUUAAUGAAGCUCUGCAAAAGGAAAGUGAGAUGCUACAAGUUGAGCUACAGAGAUCACAAGCUAAUAUGGAUGUGAACCAAUGUGAGGUUAUCCAACAUCUGCUUGAAGUUACAGAAGUUGCAGCAGCAAAUGUUGUGCCUGAAAGGAGUUCACCCAAGAAGGCUUCAAAGAAAUCGGAGCCUGAUUUCUCAGAUAUGAACGAGAAGGAACAUACAUUUGAUGAGAGCUAUCCAAGGAAAAGUGACUCUCGUACCACCUCAAGAAACACGUCCUCAGUUUCUUCUAGGAAAGACUUGCUGUCCCGAAGAGGUUCCAGUCUGGAUGAAGAAUGGCACUCCGAUUUGCUUGGUUGUUGUUCAGAACCUUUACUGUGUAUGAAAACAUUCUUUUACCCAUGUGGCACAUUCUCAAAGAUAGCAACUGUAGCAUCAGGCAAUCACAUGUCAUCAGCAGAAGCAUGCAACGACCUGAUGGCGUACUCAUUAAUUCUUUCAUGUUGCUGUUACACCUGUUGUAUUAGAAGGAAGCUCCGCAACUUGUUCAACAUCUCUGGUGGUUUCAUUGACGAUUUUCUCUCACAUUUGAUGUGCUGCUGCUGUGCCCUUGUCCAAGAAUGGCGAGAAGUUGAGGCUCGAGGUGCUUAUGAUCCACAUAAGACAAAAAUGAGGCCUCCACCCACGCAAUCGAUGGAAUCCUAGGAGGGUAUGGAUUCAGCAUUUGUUUGGUUGCUGCAUCAAGGUGUUCAUACAACCGUGAAAGCCAAUAUAACAUAGGCAAUGAAUGGGCUGCUUGCCGCCAUAUACCUGGAGUUUUACCUUGGUUCUUCUUUUCCGUUCAUAAUCCCUUUUCACAUGCAGCAUUGGCAGUUUGUAAAGUAGCUAUAAGAACAUUUUUAACCUCCAGCACAUCAUGUAUCAUAUACUAGAAGUUGUUUGGAAUCAUAUAGGGUUUGCCUCGAUAUAUCUUGUUACUUAUUUGCUACUCGUGAUUUAAAUACAACACUACCCAGAACUCAUCGGAA